GAGGAGUGUUCCAGAAUCACACCAGUGUGGCCCCACUCCCUGUCUCAAGUUGGUAGUAGAGUUCAUUUUUGUGGGACUUCAUAAGAGUGGGUUGUACAGUCCAGCAUGGAAGCACACCCCUGUAAUCUCGACACUUGGGAAGACAGAGGCAAGAGGACCACCAGUUCAAAGCCAGCCUGGACUACGUGGGGAGAAACUGAGAAAGACAGAGUGGUUGGACUGCAUGACCUUUGAAGACGUGGCUGUGUACUUCUGCCAGGAAGAGUGGGAGCUCCUGGAUGAAGCGCAGAGGCUACUGUAUCUGGAUGUGAUGCUGGAGAACUUUGCCCUUAUAUCCUCACUAGUUUGUUGGCAUGAAGCAGAGGCUGAAGAAGCAGCUCGUGCACCGAGUGUUUCACCAGCUGAAAACCCACAGGUCAGGACUCCAAAGGAGGGCCUGCCCACACAGAAGACUCAUCCUUCUGACAUCUGUGCCACAGUUCUGAAAGACAUCUUACAUCUGGAUGAUCUACCUGCACAGAAACCAUAUUUAACUGAGGUGUGUGCAAGCCUCCUGGACCAGAAGCAUCAUAGAGCCAAGAAUUGGUUAAAGAGAGAUGUGGACUCCCUUGUGAAGAACUGUAUAUGCCAUGUAUCGGGGAACCCUUUCAUCUGUAGUAAGAUUGGAGAAAACUUCUCAGCUGUGUGGAAUCUUCUCCAACCCCAGGCCCUUCCCAAAGGUGAGAAUCAAAACAAAAUUAAGCGUGGAAAGGCUUUUCACACUAAUAAAAAUAAUUCUAAGUCAGAUGAAUAUAAGAAACCUUCCAGCCCCCAACACAGACGUCUUGAGAACCAGAGAGUUUGCAGUGAAAAGGAGGGGUUUGGAUCUAGCAAACAUAAGCAAGACUUAACCAAGUACACACUGGUACCACCCCAGACAGACCAGACAGAAAAAAGACCCUAUGAGUGUCAUGACUGUGGAAAACUGUUUGGCCAAAAGGCCACACUUAGAAUACACCAGAGACGUCAUACUGGAGAAAAACCAUAUAAGUGUGGGGAAUGUGGAAAGUCUUUUUGUCAGAGUUCCAACCUCAGCGAACACUGCAGAGUUCACAGUGGAGAGAGACCUUACGAGUGUCUGGAGUGUGGGAAAGCCUUCGGGUGCCAUUCUAGUCUUCUCCGGCACCAGAGAACGCACACAGGAGAGUGGCCUUAUGAAUGCGGUGACUGCGGAAGGCUGUUUCGACAGGUCGUCAGCCUGAUCACGCACCGGAGGACCCACACUACAGACAAGCCUUACGAAUGUGGACAGUGUGAAAAAUCCUUUAGUCACAGAGCCACCCUCACUGUCCACCAGAGAGUGCACACCGGGGAAAAGCCCUAUCGCUGUGGAGAGUGUGGGAAGUCCUUCAGCCAAAGUGCCAACCUCAUUAAACACUCCAAAAUUCAUACUGGAGAAAAGCCCUAUGAGUGUGGGGAGUGUGGCCUCUGCUUUCGGCAAAGAGCCACCCUCAUGAAACACCAGAGAACCCACACUUCAGAAAGGCCUUACGAAUGUAGGGAAUGUGGUAAGUUCUUCAAACAAUACUUCUACCUCAUCGAACACCGUAGGAUUCACACCACAACAGAAUUCUAUGAGUGCAAGCAGUGCGGGAAAUCAUACACGCAAAAGGCCACCCUCGUCAGACACCAGAGAGUCCACACGGGAGAAAGUCCUUUUAAAUGCGAGGAAUGUGGGAAAGCCUUUGAAUACAAAUCCAGACUCGAUCGCCACCAGAGAACUCACACUGGGGAAAGGCCGUAUGAGUGUAGCAAAUGCGGGAAAUUCUUUCGGGAGAGCUACAACCUAGCUGAACACCAGAAAAUCCACACUAAAGCCAAGCCUUACAACUGUGAUCAAUGUGGGAAAUGCUUUAGCCGGAGGGCGGAUCUGGUCAAACACCAGAGGGUUCACACUGGAGAACGGCCUUACACGUGUGGGGAGUGUGGGAAGACCUUCAGUCGAACUACCAACCUUGUUCAGCACAGCAGAAUUCACACUGGGGAGCGGCCGUAUGAGUGUGACCAGUGCGGGAAAUCUUUUAGCCAGGUGUCUACCCUCACCCGGCAUCAGUUACUUCAUGCUGGAGAAAGACCUUCUAAAUAUAGCAAAUGAGGCACAUCGUAGACAGCCCUCUAGCAUCUUCUAACACCAAAAAUGUCACAGAAAGGCAGAAAAUGUGGGAAAUCCUUCAACGUGGGGUAGACAUCACAUCCUGGAAGCCUGCGCUUGAAAACACUCUUAGACAUCCCAAGAGUGUUGUGUUGUUCACUAUGGCAGAUUAGAGCCUCACACAAGUCUUCAGAGGGGCAGAGUACCAAAUGAGUGCCAGGCAUGUGUAAUAUGUACUGAAGGCACCCUGCACAUUCUAGACAGCCUGUCUCCCUUGCCAGAACUAAUUACCUGCCAUCAUGUCUCCUGAAAAGUGUCUCCCAUCUAACAACUUGCACUGAGUGCAUAUUCCCCCCAACAUAGUCUCCCCUUCCUUAGUGAAAGCCUCAGCUGCCUGUGC